UCCGCUACAAACCACAGCAAAUAGUAAAAUCACCGACUCCGGAGGACUGCAUUUAUGGCUACCAAAGUGUAUAUUGUGUACUACUCCAUGUACGGACAUGUAGGGAGACUAGCAGAAGAAAUUAAAAAAGGAGCUUCAUCUGUUGAAGGUGUAGAAGCCACCCUAUGGCAGGUCCCUGAGACACUGUCAGAGGACGUGCUUGGGAAAAUGAGUGCACCACCAAAGAGUGAUGUAGCAAUCAUCUCGCCCAAUGAACUUGCUGAUGCAGAUGGAUUCAUUUUUGGCUUUCCAACAAGAUUUGGUAUGAUGGCUGCUCAAUUUAAAGCAUUUUUGGACGCAACUGGCGGUCUAUGGAGAACACAACAGCUUGCUGGCAAACCUGCUGGGAUCUUUUACAGCACUGGAUCUCAAGGUGGUGGACAAGAGACCACUGCAUUGACCGCCAUCACUCAGCUGGUUCAUCAUGGAAUGAUCUUUGUACCCAUUGGAUACACAUUUGGAGCUGGCAUGUUUGAAAUGGAGAAUAUCAAAGGUGGAAGUCCUUAUGGUGCCGGAACUUUUGCCGGGGAUGGAUCAAGACAGCCAACUCAGCUUGAGCUGGAGCAAGCAUUCCACCAAGGGAAGUAUAUUGCCACCAUCACAAAGAAGCUCAAGGGAGCUGCUUAAUACUACGUGCACAAAGAUACUCAAAUGGAAAGCCUGAUCAAUUCUUUCUCCCUACAAUUUCAGUUUCCAUUUCUAUUUGUCUGCAAGUAUAAUUCUUGCUUUAUCUGUUAUAUGUUUUCUAUGUGUUUUUAUGCAAUACAAUUAUUAUUCACAAUGAAAAACUUUAGUUUGCUCAUGAUACUAGCCUGUGAACGUUUGCCUGUUGCUUUACUUUUUCUCAUCAUUAAUCAAUCUGUGUAAUUACUACUUUCAACAAUGUAAAAGGGAUGGAAUGCUUCAAAUUUGGGCAGGAUAUGCACAAUAAGAUCAGGACCAUGUUAUUUGAUUGA